AUGGCCCAGUUCGUGUUCGAGAGUGACUUGCACUCGCUGCUGCAGCUGGAUACACCCAUCCCCAAUGCACCGCCUGCGCGCUGGCAGCGCAAAGCGAAGGAAGCCGCGGGGCCGGCCCCCUCGCCUAUGCGGGCAGCCAACCGAUCCCACAGCGCCGGCAGGACCCCAGGCCGAACUCCCGGCAAAUCCAGCUCCAAGCUUCAGACCACUCCCAGCAAACCUGGCGGUGACCGCUAUAUCCCCCAUCGCAAUGCUUCCCAGAUGGAGGUGGCUAGCUUCCUCCUGAGCAAGGAGAACCAGCCCGACAACAGUGAGACGCCCACCAAGAAGGAACAUCAGAAAGCAUGGGCUUUGAAUCUGAACGGUUUUGACAUGGAGGAAGCCAAGAUCCUUCGGCUCAGUGGAAAACCACAAAAUGCCCCAGAGGGUUACCAGAACAGACUAAAAGUACUCUACAGCCAGAAGGCCACGCCGGGCUCCAGCAGGAAGACCUGCCGUUACAUUCCUUCCCUGCCAGACCGCAUCCUGGAUGCCCCUGAAAUCCGGAAUGACUACUACCUGAACCUUGUGGAUUGGAGCUCUGGGAAUGUACUGGCUGUGGCUUUGGACAACAGUGUAUACUUGUGGAGCGCUAGCACUGGUGACAUUUUGCAGCUGCUCCAAAUGGAGCAGCCUGGGGACUAUAUAUCUUCUGUGGCCUGGAUCAAAGAGGGCAACUACCUGGCUGUGGGCACCAGCAGUGCUGAGGUGCAGCUAUGGGAUGUGCAACAGCAGAAACGGCUUCGAAACAUGACCAGUCAUUCUGCCCGAGUGGGCUCCCUCUGUUGGAAUAGCUAUAUCCUAUCCAGUGGCUCACGCUCCGGCCACAUCCACCACCAUGACGUUCGGGUAGCAGAACACCAUGUGGCCACGCUGAGUGGCCACAGCCAGGAAGUGUGUGGGUUGCGCUGGGCCCCGGAUGGACGGCAUUUAGCCAGCGGUGGCAACGACAACCUGGUCAACGUGUGGCCUAGUGCUCCUGGAGAGGGUGGCUGGGUUCCUCUGCAGACCUUCACCCAGCAUCAAGGGGCUGUCAAGGCUGUAGCUUGGUGUCCCUGGCAGUCCAAUGUCCUGGCAACUGGCGGGGGCACAAGUGAUCGACACAUUCGUAUCUGGAACGUCUGCUCUGGGGCCUGUCUGAGUGCCGUGGAUGCCCAUUCCCAGGUGUGCUCUAUCCUCUGGUCUCCCCACUACAAGGAGCUCAUCUCAGGCCACGGCUUUGCCCAGAACCAGCUGGUUAUUUGGAAGUACCCAACCAUGGCCAAGGUGGCUGAGCUGAAAGGUCACACAGCCCGGGUGCUCAGUCUGACCAUGAGCCCAGAUGGGGCUACAGUGGCAUCCGCAGCAGCAGAUGAGACCCUGCGACUGUGGCGCUGCUUUGAGCUGGACCCUGCCCGGCGGCGGGAACGGGAGAAGGCCAGUGCAGCCAAAAGCAGCCUCAUCCACCAAGGCAUCCGCUGA